AAUUCGGACAUCAUUAUAACCACAAAUUUUGAUGAAUUUGAUGAUGAGAGAAAGCCACUUGCGAUUAGACUAUUAGACAUUAAUCGGGAAACAAGUGCAUUAUAUGAUCAAUUCCGUUUGGCUUAUUCUGGACUAUUGUAUCACUGGGGUCUUUACGAAGCACGUGCGGAAGUUUUGAAAUUCAUGAGCUUUGUAAAAACCACAGUGGGAAGUCCACUUGGCGAGAUGAUGCAACCUUUAGAAAUCGGCGUAUAUUGUUAUAGAUGCGGAGCACAGAUAAAACCAAAUACAAAAUGCGGGAACUGCAAACAUCUAUCCGGCAUUGGCAUCAAGUGCUCAAUAUGCCAUCAGAUUGUCAAAGGAUUGACAACUUUUUGCAUAAGUUGCAGACACGGAGGGCAUACGCUACAUAUAAGAGAAUGGUUUGCAUCGGGAUACGAGGAAUGUCCAACGGGAUGUGGCUGCCCUUGUGUAGCAAAAGGUGGUGGAUUUUUUGGGGUCGAUGAAGAAAAUU